ACUAUUCAGUAUCAUUCUAAACGUCGGGAGGGAUGCACGUCGCGUCCCUAUAAUAUUGUACAUCGAGAAUACGCAACGAAAUAUUUCAUAGAUGAUAAUAAUAAACAGUGUUUGUGUUUAGUGUUUAUUUUAGUGAUGUGUGUGCAAAAUGUGAUGAGGAUUGUGUUUUUUAUUAGCGUUGUCGGAAAAGUGAGAAAUGGAGGUACGGAGCAAACGACGGAAAAAGAAACGAGACCAGAAUACAUACACCCAGACGGUCUCCUAAACUUCGACCCAUAUCUAUCAGACUUCAAACAUGUACCCGAAGAAGAAGACUACAUACCUUUACCAGAAAACGACGAGACCAUCGACGGUCUACCAAUAUUCCUAAUAGAACCAAAGAAUUCCUAUGUACUGCGUACAAAACCGGCUACUUUAUUAUGCAGAGCAGCUAAUGCUUUGGAAGUAUUUUUUAAGUGUAACGAUGUUAGGAGUGAUAAAACUGUACAAUUGGAUCAUGUUGAUCCGCAGAAUGGUGUGAGAGUGGUUGAAGCCGAACUGAAUGUGACGAGAAACGAAUUAGAUGAAUACUUUGGUGGGAAGUUCAGCUGUGAUUGUUACGCAUGGAACAGCAAAGGGAAAAUUCGAAGUCAAGGGGUGUUUGUUGAAUUUGCUUAUAUCAAGAAGCAGUUCGGGCAGCAACCCCAGUCAGCAGCAGUGGAGUCAGGGCGGCAGGUAACCCUGCGUUGUGCCCCGCCCCCAGCCGCGCCGCCUGCCACCAUCAAGUGGGUCCGCAAUGGCGUUACCAUCGAAGCCACGGACGAAACCCUAGUGUUACCCAGGGUUGGACUACAGGAUAUGGCGAAUUACACAUGCAUCGCUGAAAACAUCGCCGGGCGAAGGGAGUCCGACACGGCUGUAUUGUCUGUUUAUGUGAACGGCGGCUGGUCGGAAUGGUCCGCGUGGCUGCCCUGCCGCUGCGGCGCACAAAGCAGCGGGCGGCGGAGGUCUAGGACUUGCAGCCAGCCUGCGCCAGCCAACGGCGGGGUGCCGUGCCGGGGACAGGCCUCGCAGAGUGACGACGACUGCCUUAGCUGUCAGAAUGGUUCGUGGUCACCCUGGGGCGCGUGGUCAUCCUGCAGCGAGGAGUGCGUACGAGUACGCAGAAGACAGUGCGCCGGUACGUGCGCCGGCUCCACGUUACAGCACGCAGCGUGCGUCGACGGGCUCUGUUCUGCUGGUCUAAGGAUAUACAAGAACAACCUGACUCUGUACGUGGGUAUCGGCAUCACGGUGGCGAUGCUAGCCGCUGGCGCCGCCAUCCUCUACGUGUGGUGCAAGUACCGCAGUGUCAGGCCUGGCUACAGCGCUGCGAGAACUGGUAUUCCAAAGAGCUAUUCGGGAAGAGAUAAAAGCAACGCAGCGCCGGACCUCACGAGGACUUGCAACGAGUACUGGAUGAGGCCUGACAAUCAAUACGACAUGCCGCAAUUGAGGGACAGCUACGCGUCUCCAUUCGGCAACAGAAGCAGGCAGCAGUCAUCUGCGGGCAGCAACCACUACGAGAUGAAGCCCUACAGCCCGUCCGGGGACUCUGCCUCCAGUUGUUACACUAAUUCGAGAACAAUGACGUCACGAUCCAGCGAGUGUUCGUCGUCACAAUUGGCGGAGUUAGUGACGUCAUCACCAGUGUCCCACUCUAAGGUGGACGUGGCGGUGACGCUGCCUCCUGGACCCACGGAGAACAGCUAUAGGGACAAAAUAUGUUUAACCAUAGUCAAGUAAAACUAUUUGCACGACUGAAUUCCUAUAUAGAACUGUAAUACAAUUUUUUUAUCGAAAAUUAGUCGACGUUUCAAACUUUGCGGGGCUAUGUUUUGAAUUGUUUUGUCGGUUGGAAAAACAUUUAUGUCAAUUCAAUCAUAAUAACGGAUAUAAAACAGCUUGCAAAGAUUUUAUAACUGAAAAUAGUGUUUUUUGUAAAUUCAGAUUAUUAUUGUGUACUUUAUUUUCAUCCCAAUUUGUUCAGCUGAGUUAAUAAACGAAAGUUUCGAUCAUUUUAUAAGCUUUCACAUUUUAAUAAUGUAAUUUAAUCUGCCUAUGAGAAAUUAAGGAACAACUUUACAAACUAUUAUACUUAGUUAGUUUUUUAUUGUAUUUGUAAAUUUGUAGUGUAUUAACUAAUUUAUUUUUAAUGUGGUUAAGAUUGUGUUUUUAAAUUACGUUUAUUAGUUUAAGGUUUACUAAAAUCGUUAAAAACUAACAUCGUCAAAUGCAGUUGUUAAAUUGUUUUAAAGUAGUAUCGACAGUUUCUUUGUAAUAGAUUAAUUUUACGAGUAUAUUUUAAUUAUUAUGUGAUUGCCUAAUUUUUGAAAUUCACUAUGCUAGACUAUUAUGGCGAAACGUUGACAUUUUUAAAAUGUUUUUGUUUUUCAAAUUACUUGGACGUUAUUUUUAAAAUAUUACUUAAUUUAUUUAUUUGAGACUGUAACUACUCUAUGUGCUACUGAAUUUUCUUACCUUAAUUCACGAGACUAUUUUUUAAUAUAUAAUAAUUUGUGAAAAAUUGGUCGAUGCCAAAUAAUGUGGUAAAUUAUACCAGCUCGCCUUAUCUACCCAGUCCUUGCUACCAAUAGCCUCGGUUUAUUAUAAAAAAAAUAAUAUUCCCCUUUCUCCUCUACUUAAUCAAAAAGCCUGUACUGUCGACAAUAGUUCAGUGGUUGAGAUUCAAACCCAGGACCGAUACAUUUGAGAGUUAUGGCUAUUCUUUCAUUUGCUGAAGACUGAAUGUAAUCAAACGAGCUGAUUUAGCGCCAAUUCACAUUGCAUUUAGUUUUUAAAUGUAAUUCCAUUUGUAAGACUUUUUUUACAAUAUUUUUCAAGAAAAUUGAUGUAGUGUUGUAUACAGACUGUAAAUAUUGUGUUUAAAACUGUGAUAUUUUAUUAAUAAAUCAAUCUUGUACAAAA